AUGACACAAGAACAAGUCGCUACGGCGCCCGCAGCCACACCUCAGCCGCCGCAUGACCCCUCCCAUGAGGAGCACCAAUACCUCAACCUGAUCCGCGACAUCCUAGCUCAAGGCGAGUUUCGCCCCGACAGAACAGGCACCGGCACGAAAAGCAUUUUCGCCCCUCCAGCUCUCCGAUUCUCUCUCUCAAAGCCCAACCCAGAAGGCGGCUCCCCAAUCCCCGUCCUGCCACUCCUUACCACAAAACGAGUCUUCCUGCGCGCCGUUCUUGCCGAGCUCCUCUGGUUCAUCGCGGGCACCACCUCCUCAUUACCCCUCUCCGAAGCCGGGAUCAAAAUCUGGGAUGGCAAUGGCAGCCGCGAGUACCUCGAUAAGGUUGGCCUCGGGCACCGCGAAGAGGGCGAUCUUGGCCCCGUGUACGGAUUCCAGUGGCGGCACUUUGGUGCCGAGUACGUUGACGCCAAGACGGAUUAUACAGGCCAAGGUGUAGACCAGCUCAAGGAUAUUGUGGACAAGAUUAUGAACUCGCCUUUUGAUCGCCGGAUUAUCAUGAGUGCGUGGAACCCUGCGGAUCUGAAGAAGAUGGCUCUCCCGCCUUGCCAUAUGUUUGCGCAAUUUUACGUCUCGUUCCCGCCGGGGAUGAAGCUUGAUGACAAGGGUCGCCCAGAUGCGAAGGGAACCCUUUCUUGCCUUCUUUACCAGCGCUCUUGUGAUAUGGGUCUGGGCGUUCCGUUUAACAUUGCUUCUUAUGCCCUUCUCACCCACAUUCUUGCUCAUGCUGCGGAUUUGAACCCCGGUACUCUGGUUCAUACUAUGGGUGAUGCUCAUAUCUACUUGGAUCACAUCGAUGCGCUGAACGAGCAGCUGACUCGUGAGCCUAAUGAGUUCCCGGAGUUGCGAAUCAAGCGUGAUGACCGUGGCAGUGCUGUGAUUGACGGUUGGAAGGAGGAUGAGUUCGAGGUGAUUGGCUACAAGCCUCACAAGAUCAUCAAGAUGAAAAUGAGUGUUUAG